AUGCUUAUUCCGCUUGCAGGUGACGUGAUUCACUUCAAAAAUGAGUGGGUCGUGGUUCUAACUCAUAUUGUGCUGCAUACACCAUCUUAUGGAGUGGCCAUCUAUCUCUCAUCAAUGGUACAGUCGAUUAUUAUUCCAAUCAUGGGACGAACCGGAACGAAUCCUGAAGUACUCGUGGCAGUCAUGACCAACUUCUCGACGUACAUUAUUGUGUUUUCUCUGUUGCCUCUGGUGACGAUAACGGCUCUAAAGAGAACGCAAGCUGAAACGACUCUGUGGAAUUUUUUCGGAAUGAUCAGUGGUAUACUACUCACUGUUUCUGCCGUUCUAGCUGUGUUGCAUUUCUUGCAUAAAUCGCCAUACAGUUACACAGAUGAAUACCCAAUGCCGAGGCGCGUACAAGUAUUCCAUGUGAACCGCGUCAUUGACAACAGGAAUCAAACAAUUCAAGACAGUGCAUUGUACGUGAUUGCACAGGAUUAUCGAGGUGCGGAGGACAUUCCUUUCGUGGAUAGGAAUUAUUCCAAAGUGGAGUGUCUGGACAACGGUCCUUACUGCGAGAUACCUCUAUAUUUCCCUACGCGGCACCGUAUUCAGGAAAGGCACAUCCGCUAUAAGACAGUGGGCGAAACUCUGGCUCUCCCAGAUACGAAAGUCACUCUAGUACAUAAGCUGGAAGACGAAAAGAAGAUUGUUUAUGACUUCGUUGUCAAAGGUAGUAAUCAAGUUUCGGUGUACGUAGUACCGCAAAAAGGUUGGCGCAUUGCAAAUUGUACAUUGUCUGCUCCUCGAAAAGAGUUGGAUGAGCGUCCAUUAUUCCUGUUUUUCACUUGCAGUGGAGAUAAAUGUGGUGAAUUCUGGUUCCAGAUAACAUUAGUGCAGCCUGGUGAGCCAACAAGUGAUGAAGAUAGCCAGUUGCUGCUUGGUGUCGCCAGUCACUACCUGUACGGAAAGUAUAUGCAGUCGCAUACAAUCAGACGGCUCCUUGCUGAGAUAACCAAAAGGCGACAGGAUGAUCCCGCUUGGGCGAUCGCAGCCAGCGCAUGGAACGUCGAAAUGAUUUACCGUUACUACUAG